AGAGUUUGGGUAUGGUUGGUGUCCGUAACACCUAAAUAGCAGGGUAGGUAGGAUCAACGCUGUCAAUGCCAACACCCUGUAUGAAUGGCACCCAGGUGUGUGGCAAUUAGGAAUGGAUACCUUUCACAUUUGAACCAAUACCAGAACUACAUUUAUUGUUAUCUUCCAUCCUUGUGCAAUGCUGUGUUUAUGUCCCACAUUGAAAAUUGCCAACUCUUCCACUCCCUCACAGUCACAAGGAUACGUUUAGGAUCCAAAACAUGUUUUUAACUUUAUGUAAUUUGGUACUUGGUGGCACUGAUGGAAUUUGGUCAGUAUCUAUCCCUAGUGACAGUACAGUGGGGUUCCAAUGGUCACUUUGGACCAUCUUAUAGGCUUGUACUUAUCAGGAGGGCAAAAGCACUAAGGUGGAAGGUGGUGAGCUCACUGAGCGCUCAUUCUUUUAUUAGUUAACAAGCAUUUUGUGUUUAUUUUAAAUGAUGUCUACAAUUGAGUUUAUCCACUGACUGUAAUAUUGUAUGUCUUUUACUGUAUAUUUUAAUAAAAAUCGGCUACUAAGGCACAGCAGGGGGUGGCUGGGGGGGUACAAGCCAGCUCUAAUGUACAAGCAGAAACAUUUACUUUGCAAGGCUUACAAAAGAAAAGCCCCCCAUCAAAUAAAAAAGAUAAGUAAAUAAAAAUAGAGCAAUAAAACUUUUCUUUGUGUCUGAACAGAAGGUAAAACAGGAAGGUUUUCAUCAAACAUGGUAAGGCAACAUUUAGCCAUUUUUUUAUGGUAAAUAUAGACCACCUGACUCACCUUAACCCAUCUCAUUUCAGGGUUCUACAGUACAUCAGAGUUUUAUAAACUGGCGUCGCCAAUGUUCCGACUCACGCAUACUCAAGCAUACUCACACAUACACGCCUCCCUCUCUCCCCAUUGUCUUGUCUGGCACUGGAUCCCAUUGACACAAACAGAGAUGAUGGGAGGGUGUGAUACAAAGGCAGAAAGACACAGAAGCAAAGCAGCAGCUGUUCCCUCCAUCCCCUCAUCAGUACAUUUUACCCAUACCUGCCUCUACCAUAUAUCCAUGCCAUCCUUCCAGACAGACAUUCAUCCAUCCUUCCUUUAGCUCCACUGCCUCAAUAUGUCACUCCCAACCUCCACUUAUCCAUCAGUGCUUGUUGGACUCUUAAAGUCCCCAUAAAUAUCCAUUCAUCCUGUCAACAAGCAUUUUUGUCAGUCUGCCCCUCAAACCAGAGCUUAUCUCGUAUCAUGACCUUUGCACACCAAUCACCUUCUGUUGUGAGAACUAAAAGUCAUCCAUCUUUUGCCUGCAUCUUUACAUCCACCUAUCCACUCAUUUCUUGUCACUCAAGUAAUGAUGUGUUUUCUGAUGACUUGUUUAAGUUAAACUCUUCCAAACUUUUAAGAAACCAUUUCACCCACCCUUGAACUGGAUCAAAAGUAAUCCUAACACUUACCAGCUGCAUGCCACAUAUGAAGGCCAAGGUGCACCUGCCACUACAGCACCCCAUGGUGUUCUCCACCCUCUCUCCAGUGGUCAGUGGCAAAGAUCUUAAAGUUUCGCUUAAAGCUCCCAAAAUCUCCAGCUGGACCUUGAGAAUCCAAGUAGCUCCCAAAGGGCCCGUCUGGCUGGCCGGCAGCCCAGGCAGAACAGCUUGCUGCUCGGCCUUAGAGAACAGAGAGCAGCCCCUGUACUCGCUGGAACUCUGGAGAAUAAAAGGAUACUACUUCACUCAAAAAGAAGGGUUGCUGUCGGGGUAAACAGGCUGAAAUUUGGUCCUCUGGAUUUCCAACGAACAAUAUGCUAGGGUUCAGAGAUCAAAGAUGGGACCCAGGACUUGAUGAGGGUUCAAGACUGUGAAUUGUUCUUGGUGUAUCAAUAAUAGUUGUCGCAGUGAGAAAAAAAAUAAAGACAAAUCCUUUUCUCAAUCUUAGUACUUCGGUUAAUCAAGCAGUUGGGUGUUUUUUGACUGACAGGACUUAUUCCGAUUUAACAUCAUGUAGGUUUCCUUAGAUAUGCUCAGAUAAUCUCCAACUGGAUUAUAAAGUCCAGAAGAAAAUCACGUUGAUUAGUUGCAUCCUUAAAUUUGCACGGUUCAAUAGGCUGAGAGAUUUAACAGCAGACAGAGUUGGUGAGAUUACAAAGAUAGAUUCGCCAGAUUAGCAGCUCUUUUGUUGAAUAAUCCAGGCAUUUGGAUAGAGGGGGGAAGAUAUAAACCGCCUAAUUUGUUUCAGGGUGGAGAAAACAAGUGUAAGUGGUUCCCCUGCCUCCUCCUUUCAUACACCAGAUCCUCUCUCCUCUCAGGGGAUGGAACGGCCAUGUAGCGGCAACAUCCUUCCGAGGUUCAUUCACUCCAGGAACACGAAACACAGCCUUUGUAAGAUCCAAAACCGUAAAGAUUACACAAUAUGUCCACCUUUUUUUAAUUUUAGGGUGUUUUAUCCACUCAGAAAACGGAGAGUAAUAUUGUUGCUAGGAUGCUGUCAUGUGUCACCCGUUGAAGUCCUCUCCCAUCAGCUCCACAACAUAACCGCCGUUUUCUCGGCCGUUGGUUGGUUCAAUUACUUCCUGCUCCGGUAAUAAAUCUCUACAACGUUGAAAAAAUGAAUCGGGGUAGAAAAAUAUGUCCACGUUUCACACAAGGAGGGUACAACGUAACAUUUCAGGUCGAAGUUAGUCGUCAAACGGGAUGCCCAGGAGGCGUUGCGAGCGGAAUAAACAACCAAGUUUAGUUUGCCGUCUCGGGGUUGUCUUCAAGGGAUGAGGAGAGGAGACAAUGGGAACCGGGAUGGACCAACGGACCGAGAGAGACAGCCGAGAGGAGCGUCUAUUGCCUGCCAUCUGUCAAGUCAACCACCGCGUUACAACAAGAGUGUUCCGGUUGGGACUUUCAAAUUCAAGUCCACAUAUCGAAAGAAGAAAAAGGGCGAAAUUAAAGUACUAAUGUAAAUCUCUCUGCGUCUUUUGAUUAAUUUGAACGUUUUAUCACCAAGAUAUUUGAGAAUAGAUAAUCAAACCGCGAGUUAGGCUAACUCCAAGUAACAUUUAGGGAAUUUUUGUCUUUACUGGUUACAUUUGCGUGAAAAAAUGCACCUAGCUGUCAUUGUUUGUAAUUUAAGGUAGGUACAAGGUGAGUAAUAAAUGUCCCUACUUCUAAAUUGCCUAGUUUUCAAAUAACAAUAUGAUUUUGGUGAUUUACACUUUUUUUCAUAUUCUGUGGACUUCUCUCGGCUCUUACUUUGAAGGCUUCAGCAGUCGACUUCCGCCCCUAAUGUUGCUGCCUCUGGCUCACUUGAUGAGGCUGAUGUUCCGCCCAGCAGGGGAGCGGCGGGGUUCUUUUCACUCCUAGAGACACACAAACAUUAAACGGGGAAGACACGGAGCUUUAGUCGGCGUGAACCUGAUUGUGUACAUGGCCCCUUUAACCAUUAUUCUUACAGUCUCUCUCUCUCUCCUUCUCUCUCUCUCUCUCUCUCUCAGUGGGGAGUCCUGCCUUGAGUCGGUCAUACAAUCACAAAAUGAUUUCAUUCACUAACUCACUUUAGGGUGAACAAUUUCGAAAUGACCAGCUAUUGGAGUGAAUACGUCCACAUAAUAGCAGGGCGGUGUGUUUUAAAAUGUCAACUAAUAUAUUUAAAUGAAUCUUUCAACCAUCCAUCAAUAAUUGAAAAGGGCCUUGGGUCAACACUUGGGAUGGUAAUAGCCUCGUUUAUGAAUGACACUUAAUUUAGCUUAAUAGCCCUGUGUUGCCCCCACAGUCCAAAAAGUUGACAGGAUCACUGCUGAAGACAACAGCCAAAUUAUGCUACUUUAAACCAGUGGUGCUGCAGACGAAGCCUCGCCUGAGCUGUGUGAGCCAGCGUCAGCAAAAAGAUAUGUCUGCUGUCUAUCUGAAAAUUAUCAAAAUAAGGAAAUCGUGCUAUUUUAAUAGUCAUUCCAUUAAAUGAGUAUUUCAGUCCGUUAGCAAUCUCCCCACCCAGCGUCAGGGCGGAAUCGAAAUGUCUGUUGUCUCACGCUCAGAUCACAGUUGUGCAUUAAUGUUAGGGGCGCCACGGGCCAGCGCCCAAGCUUUCUGUGCUCUCACACGUGCUCAAAUCACAGUUCUGCAUUAAAAAGUUAGCUUAUCCUAGCCAAAUAAAAAAAAUCCUUGAGGGGCGCCAGGGACCAGUGCCCAAGCAUGCUUAAUUUGAAUGACGUAAGCAUGUUCAUAACCAGAUUGGUCACAAACAGACGCAUAGGUACAAUAUGCGUCUGACAUAGCUAGCUGCUCUACUGGGAGCCGCUCCGCCCCUCACUCUGCGCUUGGCUGCUAAUGACAGAAGACGUGGGAAUGGCUACCGCAAACCCCCUACCAAGUGAUUUACUGGAGAACGCUAUGCUGUCCAUCAAGCAAGAGAGGAGAGCUCUGCAGGACAAACUUAAGCUGAAAGAGCUCGGUCUGGAUUGACCAGACAUCGCCGCUCAGCAAGUGACCACUGAGAAGGGCGAACAAUAUACACAGACAUUUUCAAUAGCAUGGCUAACUGGAUGUCCAAAGAGUAAAGCCCUUUUUUGUUUCCUGUGUUUUGUUUCCUUUUGUUUGUCUAUAAGUGCUGAUAGUUGGCUUGAGCGUGUGAUGACGUUUCCAGCUUUUCUAGCCAAUCAGAGGCGAAGGAGGCGGGACUUUCCCCGGCAAAAGUCUUCCCCAGGAUGCGUCUUUUCCCCCCCAGAAAGUCGCAAAAUCGCAUCGGGCUUAAUGUGUAUAGUCAGGCGCGUCAAAAUUCACCUCAGAAUAUUUCAUAAUUUCGAUAUCCCCGGACCCCUCUACAGGGCUCUGGUCUCCAAACCUCCCACCCCACCUACUAUUUUUCUCACCAGCAGCCACUGCUUUAAACAAACAGGGUCCAAAACAUCCACCCAGUUGAAAAGGGAAUGCUUUCUAUUUGUGUGUGUAUGUCGUGGGGUCACCAGUGCCAUUCCUGUAAACUGGCCAGCAGUUUAAAACAGACACAAGGAUACAGAGGCUAUCAGUGCCUUAGCUAUGUCACAUAAUGGCCUCCUUUUCCUUUACCAUCAAUCUCUGUCACAGCCCACCACUCCCACACACACAACCAGGAGUACAGAUUCAAACACACAAACACAAAUGCACAUACACACAUUGCAACCACACACACAGUGCAGCAGGAGUUUAAUUAUGCUGCUAAUCUUGAGUGGCAGUUGCAUGUUUAACAGCUGAUUCCCUGGGGCAAUGUGUCAAAGCAUCCACCCGUUCAUCCACCCAUCCAUGCAUCCAUCCCUGCUUUUAUUUAUCAUCAUACCUACUCAAUCAUCCGUCGCCCCAUCUGCCCAUGUUUCUCUUCAACUUCUCCUUUUUCUGCCAUCAGCAUCUCCUCAUCUUUUUUGUAUCUCUCUCUGCUGUUUUCUUUUCAUCUUUGUCAUAUCUGUAGCCUCUCUCAUUUUCUCUUUGUCACACAUAAUCCACUCUCACAAAAAGGCCUCAGGUCUGGUCUAGCCAACUGGGCAUGUACUUUACUUAAACGUGGCCCCUACUAGUCAAAGCUUUGCCUGUUUUGAGGAUAAGACAUGAUAAAUUCGGUCUAUGAGUGUAAAUCUGCUACUUUGAAUAUGAGCUACGAUGAUAGCAGUUCCAGCAAAGGCAACAAGGAAGUCAGACUUCUGAAGAGGUUUACAAAGCCAAAAAAGCUUGCUAUGUUCUUGCAUUGAAAAGUCAGAUAUCCAGCCAUUUCUAUGCAACACAGUCUUAGCCACACUCGGACCAAGAUGUGCAUGAUGGCUGACAUCUUUGAGUAAUAUGCAAAUGGUGAAAGGACUAAUUGUCAAUGAGGAUGCCACAAUCAUUACAAGACACAGGAGACAUGCUCUACUUUUGCAUCUUGCCAGAUAAGAUGCCCACAAUAUAUUUUCGACUUUGCCGAACAUGGAAGGAACAAUGGACUACAUAGACAUGGUGGAGGCACUGAAAACAUACUUCAUUCGCCAAGUUAAUGCAGUGUUUGCAAAGAUGUUUCACAAGUUGUAUCAGAAACAAGAUGAAAUUGUGCAACUAUUUACAACACGUCCUAAACAAACAGCACAGGACUGAGCUGACACUGACAACCAGAUAAGGGAUGCUUUUCUAAGCAAGUGUAUAUCAGACUAUGUCCGCAGAAAGUUACUGGAGCAAGGGCAUGCAUGGGCUGACGCACACCCACACACUUGAACUGGCCUCAUGGUGUGAGAGAGCUGAGGACAGCUACAGUAUAUCUUUAAAUGAAGAAAAGUGGGUUAGGGUUAGAUACAGAUACUGUUUAUCACAUGAAUGGACAUAUGGACAUUCUGGCAAUUGCAAUGCAUAUGCAACUAUUGCAAAUAAUUCAUGUGUAAUCAGAUACACAGUGCUACAGGGAAAUCGCACGCUAGAAAAGCCGCAUGCACAAGCAAGUAAGUUAGCUCACGAAGGACACAAAGAUUAUGAGGAACAUCUCAGAACUUAAGUUUGAUGGCCUGGCAUGGACAAAGCGGCUGAGAAGUAUUGUUAAGCAUGUCACACUUGUUAAAAUGAAGUCAGAUCUGAGCCGCCAGAGCCACUAAGACCUACACCCUUACCAGACAUGCCCUGGCUUGAUGUGGCAAUUGACCUGCCAGGACCACUGCCUACCAAUCACUCCAUACUAGUGAUUGUUGACUAUUAAGUUUGCUAUUAUGAGUACAACAUUCUGACUUCUACAACUGCAGAGAAGGUUAUCGUCAGCCUGGAGACAAUCUUGUAGGUGAUUAGAUUAGAUUAGAUUAGAUUAGAUUAGAUUAGAUUAGAUUAGAUAAGAUUAGAUUAGAUACAAUUUCAUCUUUUAUCUGUCAUAUGUUUUAUCUAAACUGUAGUGAUACUGCCUGCCACCAGCCAGGUCUGUUGCUCACAUGAAUGAGUACUGUUGUGAUAAUGCCAUAAUGUCCGACUGCCCAUAUGCAAAAUACAGAUAACAUCUCUUAAAUCCAGGAAAAAUUUGCUGCAGCACAAGCAUGUAAGAGUUUGACCGCAGAGAGGACCUAAGGUAGGCAGUGCUAGCUCUGCCAAUAUCAGCCACACUCAUAAAAUUAAUGUAAUGUAAUUUACCUUAAGUCUAGACAGUAAUAGGAAUUUAAAUAUCACGUACAAAUAAAAUCAUUAAUUCCAAUACUUCCCCAUUAAAAUCAUUGAAAAGUCACACAGACCACAGUUUCACUGUACAAACACUCUUCAUUCAACCACUGAGCCACAUUUGUAACAGAGCCUUUGGGAAGAGCACAGCCUGACACAGACUCAGCAUCAAUAUGCAACUAAUAUGAUGGCAAACAGUUUUCAAAAAUAUAGAUGAAUAAAUAAACAUAGAGAGACAUGUUUGAAUCAUCCAUGUAAUUACAUGUUUACUGUAUCGAGUCUCAAAAAUGGAAAAUAUAGUUAGUAAGUCAGAAAAACAGCAGGACAAGUAAACAUGCAGCAAUCCACAAACACCGGGGCUUUAGUAAAUCAUCCCCUCUAAUGGUUUCACAUGAUGUCAGACUCAAGGGGCUCACUGUUUUGAAAAGCAAAGACAUGAACUUGGUAAACAUGACGGUACAUACUGGGGGAAUAAGAUGGAUUGGAUUUACGCAAGGCUGCAGAUAUUGAUAUUGCUAUGUUGUAAAGAAAAAAAAGGGUACAGAGAUUGGUUGAAUAAUUGUGAAUUCACUUAAACACAACUGCACAGCUUUCUGGGACUGACUCAUUGUGUUUGGGGAACGUCGUAUUGCAUUUCUCGACACUAAAGUUGGUGAAUAAUAAGCCUUUGAAUCCCUCUGAUUUGUUGAGUCUUUUGUAUUAAUGGAAGAUAGGUACCGUGGCGGUGCAUCGUAUUGCAAAUCCACAAAUUACACACAGGAGCAGAGCUGAAGUUAGGAUUGUUUUGAUUCUCCUCUGCAGAUCAAGUUGUCUAGGUGUCAUACACAUGAAACUUACACUGUAAAAGUUUCAUUUCUUUCCCUGAGACUGGAAAGACUAUGUUUCAUGUCAUGUUAAAAAUAAAGACAAAAGAGCACAGCUGAUAUAGUAGUUUCAUACCUCAUUUAAAAAGAUACACAUGCCUUCCUAACAAAUGCUGUUUUCCUGUCGUGUCAAUAAUGCUUACUUGAAAUGGAUUUUGUUGGAGGGGGACACUGACGGAUAAAGAGGAAGAAAGGAGUGGAGAAAAGAGAUAGGCUGCGCCUCCUUUCCAGAUAGUGAGAUAGUAUGUGUUUUAUUACUUUAUCUGUUGGGACCAGAUGUCACCAGAUGCCUGCUGCUCUUUCUGCCUGCCAUCUCAGCCCACACAUGCACACAGACACACAAACACACACACAGAGAAAGCAGACAGGCCCUCUGCCACUCUGACAAGCUGUACCUCCUACACCCAGUCCUGGUCUAGUCCCAGGUAAAGGCUUGAAUAGAUGCUGAACAUCAAAUAGAGUGACUGAAAGCUCAGAUCUUAAGCUUACAGAGUAGGAAAGACAGAUUAAAUCCGGACAAAGAGAGGUAGACGUAGAAGAAAAAUGACAGAGAAAUGUAAAAGAAGGAUUUAACUGUGACAAAAAAUAACCUUCAUUUCAUUUUAAUGUUAAAAAACAGAAAAAUUCAAGACAAGAGGACUUAAGACUGGCCUGCACAUAGCUUAAGAAGCUUGAACAGCUAAAUGCUACUUCCUGUCUCCCCUUCUUUUGAUGCAGUGUAUCGUUUAUUAAGUUAAUAGUAAACUUUAGGCAAAGACUGAGCAACAUUUCAGUAACUUCUUUGAAAAUGUAUUUUUGUGCUUUUGCUACAAAAAAGCAGCUUCUAUCCACUGGCUGAGCACUUUCAUACACCCUGCUCUAAGCAUCAGUGUCUCCUUGAACAGUGUUGGCUCUGUCAGCAGCGAGCACAGUAAAGUGCAUCAUGCUCCCCCCUAGUAGACAAGGAAUCCACUGAUACAAAACCCAGUGUUAUCAUAGAUGCUGUUAAUGUCAUUUCCUUACAGGUUAACUCAACACAAAGGUUUAUUCAACACAGUUCAGCAUGUUCAGCUUCAUAGUUCUAUGCUUUCAAGACCGAAGAAAAUAUUAUUCUCACUUUAAUAUUUACUGUUAAAGGAGAGUUCAGAGACAUUUUCAACAAAACUUUUCUCAGGAAGCUUUAAAUUAUUCUAAAAAAACACAAAGAAGUUUUCAUUUUUAUGCAUGCAUAUGAGCCGUAUGAUGAAAAAAGUGAAACAUGCUUUUUCACUGAAGGACAUCAAGGUCAUCAGUUCUCUUAUGGUUUCCAUUCAACAACAACUCUUUUAGUAACUGUAAAAAAUUAAAAACUCUCCUUCAAAAUAGACUCAAAAUGGAUCUUUUGCUCUAUUUUUUGCUGUAUGACACAAUAGUUUUUCACCUGAUUUUGUUGGUCUAGCCAGAGAUUUCUGUCAACAUCUCAUCUGAUGUUUUCCAUUGUAAUACUCAGCAGAUAAAAAUCUCCUGGAGUGGUGCACCCGUCCCCUGAAUGAUGUCCUGAUAUGCAGCAUCCAUGGCAUUUAAAUAAAGCCAUAGAUGCCAUAUUCCUUUGAACCUACCCGUGGUCAUUUAUUAUGCCACCUCUAGACUGAAGAGCAUUUACUGUACCUACUGUAUAUGUUUUUUUAACUUGAUUGUGAAUGGUUGACUGUGAUUUAUAGCCCAUUAAAAUCUCCAUUACCAACUCGAAAAGUAAAUACUAUUAUUUGAGUGUGUGUGCGUGCAGAUUACCUGGUCUGGACACACACCCCUGGAUGCCAUCUGUGUCGAGGUCCUCAAAGAAGCAUGCUGGUAUCUUACUCUUAUUACAUAAACCUACACAUAGGAAAAGAUAAUAGGUUUUAGAUUUAAUUCAUCUUUUUUUUCACAAGCAAAACACUGCACAUCACAGAGACAUGUGAAUAUUAUUUUAUCAUCUUUGAAUACCAAAGAAGCAAUACACAGUGAUUAACAUACCAUUUAAAAUAUCUUAAGGAGUUUAAUCUACUGUGAUUAUGAAUCAUUGCCUCUACCUUUUUAAAAGAUUGCCAUUAAUUCCACAAAUACAGGAUUAUUUUUUUUACCUUAAGCAUAUUCUGACUGAGCCAAGAUAUCUUAUCUGUGUAAUAAAAAAAUAAAAGGGUGAUUACAGUAAGCUUUCUGCUUCCACCAACCACGCUUUGCUUGACUUUUCAACAGUGACAGUGCGUUUAUUCUUUCUUUGACAUUGAAGUAACGAAGAGCGGAGGAGUCGAGUCAAUAAUGGCCUUCAACUUUGCAUUGAGUUCAUCUUGUUCUUUGCAAAAAAGGACAGAAAUACAAAAGAAAGAACCAGCAGCUCUUAACACAACUACAGCAGAAGUGUCCUUAUAAAUUACAUCUCAAAAAGCGUACCUACACAAGUGUACAUCAUCAGCGACUGUAAAAAAGGCAAAAGGAAAAACAGAGUGCUUCUAUGUGUUUAUGUGUGUAUGAGAAAGCGAUGUCCAGGGCUGGCUAGAGCUGUGUGUGUGUAUCCGUGUGUGUCUGUGCAUGCACAUGUAAGAGGUAGAAGUCUAAGUGGUACCGAUAAUGGGUAUUGCAGUCAUAAGUCACUGCAGGGCCAUAGAAUUCAUUGCAUUUGUCAUCUUUAUCAAGAGCUGAGUCCUAGAGUUUCAAAUAAAUCACAACAAGCUUUAGGUCCCAUUAUUAUAUCAAACCCCGGGUCCUUUUUCUUUCUGUAAUUAUAAUACUGCUGCAUCAGUGACAAACUAUACUCUCAAGGAUAGCUUAGCUUCCAUCAAUCUCUGUUACUGACUUCAAGUCCACUUAAAAUAAAGCAGAAAUACUGCUAAAAACAUCAUUUUAAACACAUGUUGAUAUCUUACUUUUGCCUUUCUACAUCGUUUGACAGAGACUAUCACUGCAAAUACAAAAGCACUACUAAAUAACGGAUCCGAAUUUAGUUUAUCAAGGAGUCCUUUCCCCUCAGAGAAGUGACUGUUAUGCGUCCUUUUGAGCCCACAUGAGCACGUCACUACUCAAAAACCCCAACAUGCGUACUGUCAAAGUUACAGGACUUUUAAAAAGUUUAAUAAAAAAGAUUUUAUCCUUCCAAUCUUAAAGGUGGGUAUUCACACACAAAGUGCAUUUUGAAGAAUUUAAUGUAUUUCUUCGCCUUUUAAUAUUUUAUGCACUAGCGCCAUGAUGUAUCAACUUCAUGCUCUUUUUGAGUCCAAAACUGGUUGUUUUCUGAAGCCGUCAAUGUAAGAGUUUAUCAAAGCAUAAGAGGUUUUUUAUUUCCCCAUUAGACAUAAAAUUUAUGGAUGGGUCUUUUUUAAAUGAUUUGAACAAUAUAUAAAUAAGUAUGAGAAAUAAUAACAUUUUAUUAAUGACACUGCCAUCAUAGAUGUUGUUUAUAUAACAGUGCUCAUCUUAUUCUUCAUUGAUUUUCUUUUCAAUUCCAGCAGAGUUUCUGAGAGGACAAAAGAAGGGCUUGGACAGUUUUUCUUUUUGAUAAAUUUUAUGAUGAAGAAUGCCUGGCUUUAUCCUAGAGCUUUUCAGGUCAGCUAACCAUUUUUGUUUUGAGAAACAGAACAAAAAAGGUUGCCUGUAUAGCACAGUCCACUAACAACAAAAAUCACAUAUUUCUACUAAAAUGAGUGCAAAAAUGAUCACUUAUUACCUCCAUAGAAUCUACACAGUCUCUCAAAUACACUGAUCUUCUCUGUGGGAAGUGGAUUUUACUCAUUGACUUAGUAUUAACGUCAUACUGUUCUAUUUUUAGAUAGUUGUAAACACAAUAUCAAGUCUGGUGGACAGAAAUUUGUAACACUCCUGUCUUUUAUUUUUGCCUCUUGCAUUGCAUCAAAUACACAUUUUGAGAGACACGUGCAGAAAGUAUCAGAGCAGGAACUAUUUAGUAGGAAGAACAGUGAUGUUGAUGAUGACUCAAACCACGUAACUAGACCCAAUUCUUUAUCCCCAUCCCUGUCAGUGAACCAUCAUUACUCCUACUGAUAUGAAGGUAUUAAAAUGUGCAGUACUUGCGUUAUGGACUCUCCUUCUGCUUCCUUCUCCCCUUAAGCCCCGCCCCCCCCUGCUGUUGCUGCUCUAUCACACACCUGCACCAUGUUUGCUCAGUUUUACCCCUCAGCGUAUAUACUGGUCACUUUCCUUUGUUCCCUGCUAGAUGUGAGUAUGAGCACCUGUAUUUGGAUUCUUUGACCUCAGCCUGUGAAACUGUUUCCUGUUUGUUCCCUUGUCAUCCUGAUCUAGUUUUUGGACUCUUGAGUUUUGACUUUUUUGAGCUAUCUGUGUUUUGUUUUUUUUGCCUUGUCAAGCGUUUUUUGACUCCAUUCCUCCCUCAGGCCUGUUAUUCUGCCUGUGGGUCCUCUCUCUGAUUGCUGACACUUGUGGCCUUCCAAGUUAUCACACCCCUUGGUGAGACUUUUCCCACAUUGGCACAAGUAUUAAAGGGAAGAAUCAAUCGAGGUCAUGGGGGAUGGUUUUAUCCCUGUUAGUGACGGGCACUGCAUGUCUGGAGCAAAGAGAGAAAGGAGCCCACAGAGAUGAAAUAUAAAUAUACAGAUGAUUUAACACUUGGACAGUGAGAGUUUAAAUGUAUCCGCAUGGCUAGAUAUGAAUAGUGAACAUCAAAAAACACAAUUACUUAUUGAUGUUAUUGGUCAAAAAGAACUUAAGUAGUUUAUAGUGAUGCCUUUAUAAGAUUAGUUACUUUGGAGUCUGUGCUGUGAUGCUUAGACAAAGUUCUUUUGCUAAUCAAGACAAAGUGUAGCCAGAUGGACAGUUUCCUAAGUCAGUCAAAUGGUGCAAGUGCUUACAACCUUUGUGUUUAAUGAUGUUGUGAAGCAGAGGAGACGUGGAGUAUAAAGACAGAGAGAGCUUGGCAGCUAGAGCAAGACAAACUAAGUGGAAAAAGCAAAGGGAGAAGAAGAAGAGACUGAGAUGAGAGAAAUAAUGUGGAAAGGCAUGAACUGAGAGUACAGAGAGACUAAGGUGAGACAGACAAGACCAAUUAAUCAACUUCAGAGCAGCUAAAAACAAAAGGCAGCAACAGAAGAAAAUAGAAAAAGAUUAUAAUAAAUACAAAUUAACAGAAAAGACAAAGAAUGAUGGGAUGAAAAGCAAAAACCAAAAAGCAUCAGAGAGAGACGUAGAGACAGAAAAGCAGAGCAAGAUGUAGGGAAGAGGAUAUCGAUUGGUUAAAAAUGCAUGAAGUGUCUGGUGUGCAGCUCCUCAUUUCUAAUGCCAUCUGACCCAACAGUCUGAAGCAAAAGCAUCUUCCCCCUGAAUUAAUGUGUUUAAUGACUUUUUAUAUCAUUGUCUGUCAGUUUGUGUGGCACUGAAACGGGCAAAGAGAAAGCACUAUGAGCCAUUUGGUCGGUAACUUCAUCAAUCUCAGGCCCAUCAGUCAGUAGCCUCAGUUACUUAGAAGCAUCAAAAUAUGUCACUUUAAAAGCUGAAAUGGACCGUAAACCGUUUCUGGUUUGUUGUCAUGACAUAUGACGAGUGAUUUAUGAUCAAGAACCUGUUUUGCUUUGUUUAAAACUGAAAUGCUUCUUGAUAGCGUGGCCUGUAUAUGUUUGAUAUGUGGUUUCCAGCUCAUUUUCUCAUCUAUUAUAACCCCAAGGUAUUUGUUUUCAUUAACCCUUUCUAUCAUUGCCCCAUCCAUCUGUAUUUGUACCUGCAUGUUAAUUCUGAAAUUUCCAAAUAACAUCAUUUUUGUUUUAGUUAAGUUUAAUGACAAUUUAUUUUUGUCAAACCAUGCUUUCAUUUUACUCAUUUCUAUGGUAAUUUACUCCAGCAGCUUUUUCAAAUAUUUGUGUCAUCAGCAAACACCAACUUCAAUACCUGUGACACUCCACAAAUGUCAUUAAUAUACAUAAUAAAGAGUUUAGGGCCCAACACUGACCCCUGGGGGACACCACAAACAAUGUCCAAACAUUGAGAACAAACACCACCGAGCUUUACAAACGGUUUUCUCCUCUGUAAAUAACUUUUAAUCCAGUCUAAUACAAUACCUCUGACCAAGUCUUUCCAGUUUUCUUAAUAAUAUGAUUUAUUCUAUCAAAGGCUUUCUGAAUAUCAAUAAAUAUUCCAACAUCAUAUUUCUUUUGCUCAAUAGCAUUUGUGAUUUCCUCAGUUGCUUCUUCUAUUAUUGCUAGUUAUGUUGACCUAUUUGAUCUGAAACCAUAUAGACUGUUUUGCAUUUAAAAGCAGGUUUUAAAUUCAUAUUUAUAAUGUUACGAAUCCUCAUUUUGUUUUUCUUUGGGAGUCAAAUGAAUGCAGUCAUUUACCAUCCAUUUGUCAAAUGAUGUUUAAUUUCAAUGAGUCUGUAGCGAUUCGCACACCCCACAGUGGUGCUCUGGAAGUCCUCUUGCAACCUUACAGCAGUUUUAUUAGUUGCAUCUGUAUCUGAGCGAUAUGUGGUAUCUUGCAAAAUGGUAAUUAAUCCCAUUUGACUUAAUGCAGAUAUCACUUUUGAUCCGUCUUGGAGUUUUAAGAGUGAAGUACACCCUUAAAAAGCAGUGGUGACAUUAUUUUCCAUGAUAAUGACGGCACAAAGUAGAAAAACCCUACUGUGUGCCUAAAGAGACAAAACAGCACACAGGACAAGUAUCCCAUCCUCACUCGUGCGUUAAAAUAAGAAUUAAAGGCCUAUGUAAAUCUUGCCCUGAUUUUGAAUCUAGAUGAAAAGUUACGUGAGCAAUAUUGCCCCACAAAAAAUGUCAAUUUCUUUUCAAAUUUGUUGCAAAGCAGAGCUGACUUGUUUAAAUUGUUGUAGAUGUAGAUUUGAAAUAUUUUUUUAUGCCUCAGAAAUGUUUAAUGCAUAAAAUUCAAAUAAUAAACAAUCAAAAUAGUUGAGACAGGGUGGCAAAACAGCUGCUUGCUGGGAAGAUAGAGUGGUAAUCUAAAGUUUUUUUCCUGCUGAAAAAUUGGGACAAUUUUGCUCAAUUGCCAUCAAAAUUAUAUACAAGGUGCUAGUGCAGGAUGCAAAGACUGGAAACCUCAUGCUCAGGGGUGAAAGUAAGCCGGUACGCAGCGGUAAGGCGUACCGGGAAGAUAUAAACAGAAGUUUACAUCCGGUACGCAGCGGUAAGCAAAACUUUCACCCCUCCAAUGUAUGAAGGCUACAUUUACUUACCGUGUUACCGCACGUCAGUCUGCACUCUCCAUUGUAACCGUAGUAAUCCAUAGGGACCAUGCUGGUUGAGAGUGAGUCAUAUUUGCUUCCGCAAACAAACAAAUCAAACUUGUGGGAGCGUUCAGUGCGCACUUUUGAUUGGACGCUGGUUGCCGAGGCGCUGGGGCCCGCCUUUUGCGGAAGGAGGGAACUUUUUAAGAGACAGCUGCUUCAAUCUUAAUGCAGGAAACUACAGUUCAGUGGGAUGAGAGUGUUGAACCUUAAGAAUUUAUGUAGUCGGGGAAAAGGAGAGCAUAAAGCAGUGUUUGAGUUUUUUAAAACAAACAGAACUAAUAAACAGAAUUUAGUUUAAAGUAAAUAUGAAUUUAUUUUCCUGUGGGAGUAGGAACUUCUGGCUCACACUCCUGCAUGGUAGGUAAUGCACUUCUAACGUUGUUUGCCAUCUGCUGUAAAACAAGAAGAAGAAGAAUAUUAACGCAGAAAUAAAACAAAAUGCAGAGAAAAUUUGAUUUUAUGUUCAAGAGAAGGAGAGAUGCAGCAGAUGAAGAAUACUGUGGCAUCAGAGUUGGCUCCUCGUCGAACUUGGGUGUGCUCCUCUUGGACAAAGCCUACAGGUACAGUACCUGCAAGAACCCUAUCCUACUUUCAUCACUGCUCAGGCUUAAAAGUUUAACUAACCAGUGUUGAUGAGCAGACGUAUAGGAAAUGCCCUUUACACCUGUUAUUUCAUUCGAGUAAAAUUCACAUUUCUGUGUUUUUAGAGAAAUAAUAUUUUCUAAUCAUAUUUUUGAAUGGAACCAUCCACAAGUGACUGAACAAAGAUACUAUAUGUUUAGUGAUAAAUGGCCUCAUAUUUACUUGCUUUACUGAUAUUAGUCAUUCUGUGGUAAUGUGAUGUUAGUCCUCGAGCUAGAAUUGUCCCUCCUAACACUGUGACUUUCAUUUCCACUUCCUCACCGCUCUCUGCUGUCUUUCCAUCUGUCUGGCCUUCCUCUGCCAAUGCUGUUUGAAACAAUGUGUAUCCGUGCGUGCAUGUGCGUGCAAAUGUGUUUACUGUACACCCUCAAGAAUGUUUCCAGGUCUGUGAGCUUGCAUCAAAACACAGCAGGGUUUGGCAACGGUGAUGGCAAGAGGCGAGUGCCAGAUUGACUGAAAAAAACACAAGCCUGAUAGAACAGAAUAAAGAUAAGACAAAUUUUCCUUCCUGGCCAAGCCACAGUGACAAAACUGUCCAAGGAGCACAGGGGCUGUCCGGGUACAUGUCAGGUACAACCACCUGGUCUGCACUCCCGUCAGCCUGGUUCCUGUGGAGAGGUGUUCACUGCUUUGGUCAAACAAGUUAUGAGUCUUUUUUGUUGUAAAAUACCGUAAUAUCUCACAACACAGCCAUUUAUUUCUAACCAGAGCUGCAUUUUUCCUGCUACCCAAAUGUAAAAAAGCACAGAUGACAGAUGGCAUCUUGUAGCACGGUGCAAUUUGGUACAUGUAAAAUGUAGAUUAAGUUGUCUGCAAAAAAACAACAUGUAGUCAGUGCAAGCAUGUGAACUUUAAUAAGAGAGACAGUUGGAGGUGCUAGCUCUGCUACAUCUCUACAUUAGCCACACUGAGCAAACCAAUUGUAUAUGGUUAACCUGCUGCCUUUGUGAUCUUGUUUGUUAUUGUUUAAGAAUUUAUGCAAAAUUUGGACUAUUUUCCAUGUUUUUCUUUGUUUUGUUUGUUUUUUUUAAGCUUAAGAUAAAAAAGGAUAAGUGCCGUUUCGAGGACUUGGUAGUUAAUACCUUCACAACAUCUUGAGUAAUAACCAUAGACUGUAUAUACUGUGGACAAUUUGGUUCCACUUUCCGCCAAUAUAUGGGUUUGAAGCCGAAAAGCUCUCUGUAAUUCUGCGUUUUCUCUCCAUUUCCUGAAACCAACAUUGCGCAGUAGCAUUGCACGCAUUUGGCUUGGCUCAAACAGCAUAUUCCCGGGUGAGCUACACAAUCCUUGAACGCCCAUAGGCUGUAUCAGGUGCCAAUCAUAGAAAACUUGAGCCCCAAAAUAAUUUUUAAAAAUGGAGCUGUACAGAAAUAAAAGAGGACUUAAGCAAAAACCAGUCUUAACUAGUCAAUAACUACAUGUCAACAUCGCAGCCAGGGGGGAAAAAAUGUACGUUCUGUGUAAUAAAUUUCUAAAGUUUGUCCACAGCUUCAUAAGCUUUGUUGGCGGAGGUGGGAUUUAUGACCUAUACUGCAGCCCGUCACUAGAGGGUGCUGUUCUCGGAGUGGCUUCAACCAGCAAGAGGGCAGACGCUGUCCAUUCUAUUUACAGUCUAUGGUAAUAACAAAGACUUUGAACCCAUAAUGGAUGCUGAGAAAGGAAUCUUGAAAAAAGUAAUAAUUCAACGUUUUGUCUGUUUAAAAAAUCCAAAUGAUGUUCGUAUGAUUGAUAACACAGAAAACAUAAUGAGCUUCUAUUGUCUGUAUACCCUUUCUAAUGCACUGUCACUACAUGAGGGAUAUACUAAGCCCCAGGCACGUUCAGCUCUGCAGAUUUCAACCUAAUACACACAUCAACUCCACUGGUUGACAUAAUUAUCCCAAACAGCAAGAAUCUUUCCCUGGCCAGCAUGGUUGGUUUACAAACUGUGAGUGUGUGCGUCUGUGUGUGUGUAUGUGUGUCAUAUUCCAUUAGUUAGGAUAGCUUUGGGCUGGUUUACAUUUGCAUAAUGAAGUCAAUAACACCAGCCCCCUGGGAGAGAGCAUAGUGACAUUAUUACUAAUUUAAUAAAAAGAAUUGAGUAUGUGGGAAUGUAUGUGUGAGGAUGGGUGCACAUAGGGGGUAGAGACAAAGACAGCGUCAUACAACACAAGAGAGAAAGAUAGAGAUAAGUUAUCUUUUAGAGUGAACCUUUGUGAUCACUAUAACCACUCCACCUUCACCUCUACUCUUACCUGUGGUGUACCGCAAGGUUCGGUUUUAGGUCCAGUUUUAUUUUCUACAUUAUUUUAAAACCAUCCACGCCCUCAUCUUCUCCUACCUAGAUUACUCUAACUCACCUCUUUCUGGUAUUACCCAGAAUUCUCUCUCUCACUCCCCAUCUUGUCCUGAAUGCAGCAGCUAGAUGUCUAACUGGUUUAAACAGACGAUAUCACAUCACCCUUCUUCAAGUGUCUUUACAUUGGCUUUCAGUUAGUUUAAGAAUUGAUUUUAAGAUUUUACUCAUUACUUUGAAAGCACUAAAGGGUCUGGCUCCAAUCUAUGUAACAGAACUUUAACCCCCUAUGAGCCAGCCUGCACCCUGAGGUCCUCGGUUGGUCGUUCCAAAGUCGAGACUUGUAACCAUCUGGGCCCCUUGACUUUGGAACAAUCUCAUCGAGGAGAUAAAGCAUGCUCACUUCUUAAAACUCUUUUUUUUAAUAGACUUGCUUAAAUGUGAUGUCGUCUUACAUUUAUUUUUCAUUUACAGUUUCAAUGUUUUCAGUUCUUAGUCCUUCUCUUUAACUUGCCUUUUAAAACUUGAGUCCCCUUGGUCUCUGGGUUUUGAUCUGGUUUUAGGUUCUCUCCUUUUCGUUUGUUUUUUUAUCUUGCUGCUUAUAUAAAUAAAAGUUUUGAUUAUUAUUAUUAUUAUUAUUAUUAUUAUUAUUGUUGUUGUUGUUGUUGUUGUUGUUGUUGUUGUUGUUGUUGUAAAAGUGAAAAGGUUAGUGAAGACGAAAGGAAGAGGUGAAACCAGAGACAAAAGGAAGACAGAACAGGACAAAAAAGCAAAGGCAGGAAAAAAGGGAAAGUAAGAUGAGGAAGAGAGGACAUAUAGUUAGAAAGCCAGACAGUCCACAGAGUCCACAGAUGUAGAGGAACAGAGAGUUUCAAUCUCAAACAGUUUUAUAUCACCUCAUCACAGCGGUUCAUAAAGACCUGCUAUGUUGCAAGUAACAAGUUCUGUUCUUGCAGUCUUUGAGUCUGCACAAUUUGUUAAAAACUUUUCAUGGUUUUCAGGGCCGAUUCGAGGUUCUGUGUGAAUUUCAGAGUAAUUAUAUGCAGUCUUAACAACUACAACAAAAAGUAGAGUAUGUUUUUUAAAGAAAAACUUAAAUGUAGUGAAGGGCAGAGUCCACGCCACAAUUCCGAACCCUCCAUAUCUAAUGACAAAUUUAAGAUCACUUUCUGAGCUAUCAGAUGGAUGAAAGACUGACAGCCAAUCAAAACCCACCAAGUUAUGUAAAGCCCCCCAUGUGUGGUUUUAAAAGUGGAUUAUAAUCAAUCAAUCAAUAUAAAAUUAGGCAGCAAAUCACAAAGGGAAAAAGAAUUUAUACAACCGUCUAUGCAGAGAAGCGUAAGCUGGAUUUAAAGAAGACUGUUAACAAUAUUCAGUGUCUUUCAUUAAAAAGGCAUGAAGUCAGGAUAUCAGCCAGAGACAUAAAAGAUAAAAGGCUAAGGUUUUAAGAUAAAAGGGUGAACAGUGUAAAUGGUAAGUGUCUUUUUUCCUGGAGGUGCAGGAGUUUAGAUGACACCGCUUCCUCUUUCUGAAGAGAUCUAACUCUUCACAGCGCUUGUUCUUAGUCAGAGGUGCUGACCUGAGAGCUGCAGGACCUGAGCGUCCCUCUGCUGCUGUCUGAAAUCCAGGCCAAGUCUAAAUCCGGGCCAAGUUUUUCAUGUUUGGUCAGAAAGCAAGAAUCGGUGUUGAGUUAGAAAAAAUAAACACACACACACACUCACAACACAAUGUGCUGUACUGCAGACCUGUGUGUUGUUCUUGUUGAUUGCUGUUAGUUUCAUCAGAAUUACUUUGGAUGGUUGGUUUCAUCAGAACAUCUCUCAUGGGUGCGCUCAUUUACUUGUGUGAGUCUAUGUGUGUGUGUGUACAGCAGCUACCUGACAAAAAAUAAAUUACAGAUGACUAAGUUUCACAUAAAAUGAAGCCGACGGUAGAUAUUUAUUAGGUGCCAAACGAAGCAACCUAAUUUCUCCUUCAUUUGAAGAUUAAUCAACAUCAUAGCAAAUGGGAGCUGUAGGCUGCUCCUCUCUAUUAUAGCUAUUCUGUGAUCCAUUGAUUUUAAGGUGUGUAUAACAGGGACACGUAUCUUUGUGUUUAUCAGGAAAUAGAUACUUUCCUCUCAAAAAAAAAACUAAUCGUGGGCUGUGUGAAUAGUAAUGUCACAAAUAGGUGGCUUCCCACACGCAGUGGACAACAAAUCAUCGUUGUAUCCCUGCCCCUGAACCCUUUCAUUACCUCGAAGAGAGGAGAACAGUUUAGCAUACCCAAACUUUUGCUGCGUUCGAGUUACCAUGGAAGUCAGAUAUCGGAGCUGGGAAUGACGUCACACCUGAGUUACCAGCGUUUUGGUUAACAAGUCGGAAAAAAGCAAAAUGGGAGGCGGAAACAAGAUGUUGCAGAAGGACCGCACAUUUGUCAAGAAGUUGCUUAUAUUCGAACAAGGCAAACGCUAAAAUAACUUUUGUAGAUGUAGCCAUCUUGUUUUCACCUCCGAUUUUUGCUCGAAUGCAGCAUUUUUCUAAAGUUUUUCCCUACAAAGCAUUAGACCUAAAUAUUUAAUCUGGACAUGACGUGUGUGUCAACUGAAAGGCUGGUAACUCUGGUGUGACGUCAUUCCCAGCUCGGACAUUUGAUUUCUGAGGUAAUUCGAACACACCAUUUUUCUAGAGUUUAGCGUUUCAGUUACCAAGUUGGAAAAAAGCAAAAUGAGUGGCGGAAACAAGAUGCUGCAGAAGGACCGCAUAUAUCCUCAGAAGUUGCUUAUAUUCUGACAAGGCAAACGCUAAAAUAAUUUUUGUAGAUGUAGCCAUCUUGUUUCCGUCUCCAAUUUAGCUUUUUUCCGACUUGGUAACUGAAACGCUUGUAACUUGGGUGUGAGGUCAUUUCCAGCUCCGACAUUUGAUUUCUGAGGUAACUCCAACACAGCGUUUUUCUAGAGUUUAGUGUUUUAGUUACCAAGUAGAGAAAAAGCAAAAUCGAAGCCAGAGACAAGAUGUUGCAGAAGGACCGCAUAUUUGUCCAGAAGUUACCUAUAAUCGAAUAAGUCUAAUGCUAAAAUAACUUUCGUAGAUGUAGCCAUCUUGUUUCCGCCUCCGAUUUUGCUUUUUUCCGACUUGGUAACUGAAACGCUGGUAACUCGGGUGUGAGGUCAUUUCCAGCUCCGAUAUCUGACUUCCAUGGUAACCUGAACGCUGCAUUUUUUUAGAGUUUAUCCCUAUAGAACACGAGACCCAAAUUUUUGAUGAGGGCAUGACAUGUAUUUGUGUUUGUAUCUGCAUUUGUGUGAUUGUGUCUCUUCAGUCCUCUGUGUGCCCUACAUAUAAAGCAGUCCAGUCCAAUGUUAAGACCAGCUGCUCUCUACCUCUAAUUAUAGCCUCUGCAGUGCUGGCUACCAGGGCAAGACUGGGGGUCAGGUUACUCCUUCCCACCCCUCUUUAGUGUUAACAUGAACACACACACACAAGUUCUCAAACUAGGCCUAAAAAAAAGCUUCUGACAGGCCUUAACAUCUAACAUCUUGGCCCGACUAGAUAUUUAUCCACUUAUUUACUCCUCAUUUUGACCCCCAAAUGACAAGACAGGAUGUUAUAGGGUGAAUAUGUUUUCAUUUGGAGGGAGUAAAAGCAUGGUUACAAGAUUUAGAGGUUAAAAGUCUUAAUUUUUAUAGGUGACACAAAUUAAGUGUGUUCAGUCUUCUUUUCAGAUGUUUUGUAAUUAUAAUGAAUUAGACAAUGGAAGUUAAUGAAAUCACGCAUCAAUAGUUAGUUAAUUGCCGUUUAUGGGGAGGUGGAGUGGCAGGCUUCUGGGAGUCAGAGAAAAGAUGUAAUACCAGCUGUUGGCUGCCUCAUGCUGCAACCAUCAUUAUAACAUGAUAAAUAAGCUCGGUGUUCCUCUGGCACAGCGUAGGAGACUUUUAGACCUUCACUUUGUUCUUUCCUCCUCUCUCUUUCUCCUCUCCCUCCUGUAAUCUCCCUGAUUUCUCCCUCACCGCUUCCCCUCCUCACCCCCCCUCUACACUUCCACUAUCUCUCUAUUUUGGACUCCCAGAGGGGGCAGGGUGACUCUGGGUAGGUCACCCCCUACUUUCUCCCUGCUUUACUCUUUGUCCGUGUUGCUUUCCUUUGCUUUUAGCCUGCUACAAACUUAAUCUCAGAAACUUUAACUCAGGCUUUUUCUGGGACACAGACUGACACCUUUAACUAGCGCUUGAACAAAAGCAGAAAAAGAGACAUUUCCCCUGGAUUUGCCUGUAUUUUCCUCGGCGGCGGAGGUUUAGGAGUAUUUUUAGACCCGCUGUGAUCCAGCUUAUCACAACUGCUCUGCCCUUGCUGCUGGUUUUGACUGUUUUUUUUUUCCCCUUUUUUUUUCUCACAUUCAACCGGGGCCAAAGAGGAUUUGACGAAGGAGUUACAUGCUUGUUUCUAUGGUAACACUGCCUUUCCUGAGCCUUUGAAGGACUGAAGGUUAUCACUGAGCAUCCAGCGAACUCAAACGUCCAAGGUACAAUGAAAAUCUAUUUCACUGACUCAACUUCAUAAUAAUGAUCCAAUACCAUUACUGAAUGCUGGAGUUUUUACACAGUCUACACAGUUAUUGUUGUACUCAGUUAAUAUAACUUUAAAAAAUCCACCAAUGGUGUGCUGCAAAACUUCUAAAAAAUGGCACCGAAUUAUAUCCUUAUGGUUUUUCAUCUGAGAAGUCAAUGACUGAGGCUUUAAGGUAUGUUCAUAAUUUUAAGGUAAUUCAUAAUUUUUCUUAUCCUUGUAUUUGGAAGAGCACUUCGCAUAUUAUAUCUUUUUUUUUAAAACUUUACGGUUUUGCAGUGAUGGAAAUAAAUGUUAACAUUUCUUAUUAAGCAAGGCUAAAAGAGUUGGUAAAAAUUCACAUGAUCAUGACAAAUACAGUGUUUUAUUCUUUCCUCUCUCUUUUAUUAUUACUAUCUCAAAAGGCCUAAAGCUCAGGAAAAUAUUCACUUUGAUGGAAAAAAAUCAAUUACCUUUUCUUUUCUUUCUGUUAUAUCUUCCUCUACAGUGAGUGCAACCAUACAGUUUUUUAAGUAACUUGGAAUAGAGCAGACAUAUUAAUUCCCUGCUUUCUUUUUCAGCGCAUAAACUAAACUUUUGAAGAUUUAAUUCUGUCACCUGGGCGAGUGUUGAAUAAGAAAUGAAUAGAGGUACAAAACACAUUUACACAUAAUGUGGGCAAAGGAUUGGACAAGACAAGACAAAGACACUUCACAACAAAUCCCGCUAACUAAUCAUAGUAACAGAGACCUAAGCGUUAUUCAUACAGUGAACCCAAAAGUUAUCAAAUUAAAGUAGUCAAUCAGAUAAGACAACUGUGGGGCCUGAUUUAACAGCAUAAGCUCCUCUAACUAUUUCUCUAAUCUGUGUGAAGGAGUCUGAAGUCAACAAGUUGAACAGAUUUAAUGGGAAAAAAGUUUUUUGAAUUUAAGACAAAUGUGAAUUAACCACAUUUUUCAGUAUGAUGCAAUUCAGGUCUGGGGUUUCUAACUUGAAGAUAACUUCAAGUAUCAAUAGAUGAUUGACUUUACAGGAAAAAGCAAAGCCGUGUAUUCGAAAAUUGAAAUGAUUUCUUUUUAAAACAUCAGGGUGCCUUUUACAUUACAUGUUUUAGCUUUAAAAGUGUUAUUUUCAAGUUAAAUGUUUAUUACAGAGCACCAAAAAUCCCCUGUAAUGUCAAUUUCGAUAAUUGAAGCUUUGCUCUUCUGUUCGUUUCUUCGGUUUGUUUAGACCGGCAGUUUAUGCUAACUAAUUCAAUUUAUUUUUCAGUCUAAGUUGUAUAAAAUUCACAAGUUCAUGUUGUCAAUGCCAAUCUUUUAACAAUAAAGACAACAGUUCACAUAAUCUCACAUUACGCAACAACUUCAGAAAAUAACGCUUCAAUGUCUGUUUCAUUGAAAGACCCUGAGUGGCAGAAUAUUUUUUAGUUUUAAAUAAACGACAUGAAAAGAGAAAAAAUUAUGUUAAAUUGCAAGGCUUGCAAGCAGAGACAGUUUUUUACUACUGUCACGAGCUUCAAUAUGUUCCCUUUUACAUACAUAAUGGGUGUAUUUCAAGAUUGCUUAAGAAGCAAGUAGCUUUUUAGCUUUUUCUAAAUUGAAAACAAAAAAAAAUUUAAAUAUUACCAACUAAUAAUAACAAUAUGUUAAUGAGUAAAAGUACAAAGGACUUAAAGCUCCUGUCGGUUUGUUUUAAUGAUUAUGAAACAGACUGAAUUUAAACUGGUGCCACAUUGUGACUUACAAUGACAAGCAUGACUAUCAGUAUGAAGACUUGCUAUUGCUAUUUAAGUCUCAAAGUCUAAAUCAAAAUCAAGGAUGAACGAAGUGGUUUCACUUUGUCCACAUGGGGGCACCAAAUCCACACCAAAAAAUGUUUUGUAGAGGAGCUUUAAUAUAUAGUACAAAGGUUACCGCACUCUCAGUUUUACUAACAUUGAACCAUUGACAAAGAUAUUCAGCAAGACUAUCUUUCAUGCAAGGAAUUUUUUUUUUUUAAUCUCACUUGUAAAGUAUGAAGCAUUCAAUGCCACUAGAUCUCAAAAAAACCUUUGCUGUGAAUAGUUCUUCUUAAUUUGGUUCACUUCUCUCUCUGUGGCUGAAGCAGCAGCUGCUGGUGUCCUUGUGUAUCUGUGUGUCUGUUUGUGUCUUUAUCAGUGUGUGAGUGUGUGUGGAUCAGCUCAGCACUUGUGGUAACAACAGGUGGGCUGGGUCAUGUGGAAAUGUAAGAUGAAAAGACUGUGACGAACACUUCAGGACAUAGGCUAGAAAAGAAGGUCUGUGUUACAGGAGAUUCCUGAAAUUACACGUUUUGGAGAAAAUUGGAGAAGUGGAUGAUUGUUCAGUUCUGUUUAAACUGCUGUAAGACGUUUAGACUUGAAGGCCGCCAAUCUUCUAUCAUUGUAACAUUGGGACUGUUUUACCUGCUGUGAAUCAAUACUCUGACCUGACCGGCCAUUUGCCAGCGCUCCACUAGAUCAAUGACAAGCCUUUAUAUCAUUCACUUGCACACACUCCCACACACACACCAGCUGUUAUUCACUGGACCAAUGUCCGGCAUUUUCGAAUCAAAGGAACACACAAAUGAACAUUCUUGUAUGCCUAUGAGCAGAAUUAUGUUUGAUUGAUUUGAGAGUUUGUUAACUGGAUGCAGCCGCAAAAGGUCAGCCAGAGACCAGAUACUGAUUCAACAAGCAUCAAUUCCUCUCAUCAUACAGCUGACCCGGGUGACACACAGCCAUUAUAUUCACAGUAUGUGGUUAAAUGUUGUCUAAAUUAACAGGAAAUGCUAUAAUACGUCCACUGUUGAAUUUCAAACACCAUUUCGAACACCAUUAGCAAAUUUGGAUAAAUGUUUUGUUUUGUUUUUUUCUCUUUAAGCAUCUAGGUUAGAAUGAGUUGAAAUUGCAUAGCCAUGAUUGUUGGAUUUAGUGUUUUGACAAACAAAGGCCAAAUUUCUAUCUUAACUAUCUCAGGAUAACUAUCACAGAAUCUGCCCUGUGUGUUAGGCAGCGUGGCAGUGUGAGUUUGAGCCAAACAGGUGUGAGAUAAAUGCUGCGCUCGAGUUACCUCGGAAGUCAAAUGUCGGAGCUGAAAAUGACAUUACACCUGAGUUGACGGCGUUCCAGUUAAGUCGGAAAACCAAGAUGGACACCUACAGUUAGCCGUUGUUAGCUGUUGUUUACAAUUAUCAGCUGUCGUAAGCCGUUCAGUCGUUGUUAGUGGUUGUCAGCUGUUGUUGUUGUUGUUAGUUAUACCAGUUGUUAACAACUAACAACACAGUAUUUUACUCUACAAUUACCAUAGCACAGUGUUCACAGUUAGACAUUGGGCAGUACAACAAAUACCAUUUAUUUAAUUUCACAAAAACAAAACAGAAGUGCGAAUAAAUAAUACAUUGCGAGAGCUUUUAUUGUUACUCUUUACUGUUGAUACACUGCGCUGCCAUCUUGAAUUAUGACGUUGUCGUCAAGUCGGGGUUGACCAGGAUCAUCCGACUUUCCGAGUCGGAAAUCUAACUUUAGGGGGGCCUUCCAGAUAAAUUCAUGAUUUGGAGAUUGGAAAUCCUGACUUCCGAGCUCAACUCGAACGCAGCAAAAGCCCUGCGAUCCGGAACUUUUUGUGGGUAGGGAAAGUGGAACGAGUGGCCUGCACUUAGCCCUCUGAAGGUCUAACUGCAGAGAAGCUGGCACACAUAUCUUAAGGCUGAAUCUUGUGUUCUUUAAAGGAAUCAUUGGACAUUUUAUUUUUGAGAUGACAGUUAUUUCUGAUCUGAUUUUGGCCAUCCAUGGUCAAUCAUAGUACUGAGUCUGUAAAUGUUCCCCUGCACAAAAAAGACAGCAGGCCCCUCUAUGAAAUGAGAGCACAGAAGAGCAUUAUUAUUAGGGAUUGUUCCACCGACUGGGUCUGAGAAAAAGACCCCUACUCAGGGGAUCUGAUUUACAGGCUGCACCCUGUCAAUAAGUUUGGGGUUGGAGGAUAUAAGCAGGAGAGACUUGUGGGCAGAAAAAUCUGCAACUGAACUUUCUCCAAGAAAUCAAGCUGACAAAAUGGAACAAUUUCUCCCCACCCCUCAGUUGUGGAUUACAAAUUAAUCUCAAUUCAGGGGCAGGGGACUCUAACUCACACAAAUCUUGAGACCUGUACAGGGCCGUCCAGCUCUUUUGUGGCAACUAAAGAGGGAUCACAAUACCCUCAGGAUCUACAAGCAGACGCGUGUCCUGCAUCCAGUUUAAACAAUUCUUAAAAGAUUUCUUCUAGACUGUUAGAUCAGAACUUGGACUAGGAAUUCUUGCCUGGUGGAAAGAGAGCUGGACCAGCACCUCCUGUAUCGGGAUGACUCAUAGGAUCUAACACUGCAUUAUAAUUCAAACCUGUCUUGAGCACAAAAUCUAUGUACCCUGUCGCCAAAACACUUUCUAAAAUUCAUAGACAAAGCUUGGAAGUACUGCUGAAAACCAGCUCCACUGGCACACAAAAACUGCUUCCAGUUUUUUUUUGAAGGCCUUUUGUAGUAUUGCAGUAAAGAUUUCAGGUAGGCCAUUCCCAUUUUACUGAAUAGGCACUUGCACUACAUCCAAGGACAAGGACAUAUAUUGAAGCAGCAUUCUUGGGAUCCUUUGGCUAGUGUCUAAUGACAGAAAAACUCUCAGGAAGGGAUGGACAACUUUUCAGGACUUGCAGAGUAGCCAGUGUUAAGACUUAAGGUCAAGACUUCCCUUUCAUUGAGUUGCCUUUGUUUACAGCACAACUGGCAAGUGAUAAGGUCAAAAGAAAUUCAACUCAGGAGACUUUUAGCAAAAUGAAUUGUUAGUUGGACCUGCAUGCAGAUGAUUCCUGACUGGAUGAAGCAUCAAUGCCAUUAGUGAGUCAAUUUAUUCAUCUAGGUCUUCAUAAAUUCUCAUAAAUUCCUGUGGGUAUUUUGUAUGAGAGAAGGGUAGGCUGCAGAAGUGUCAGGAUAUCACUAAAACUACUACCUAAAUCCAGUCUGGUACAAAAAAAAACAGUAAUAUUCUCUGUAGGAUCGAAAAGAAAAGCUGCUGUAUCACAGAAACAAACAGAGCAUAUCCUUAGCAACGUGCCAGCAUUGCUGAACCGGUGACCUUAACAGAAAGUCCAUGCCUAGUUUCAUUCUGAUAUUGCAAAACAGCCAUGUUAGGUGGUUUACGACAGUGGUUUGUUCUUAUCUUCUGUCAGUCAUCAUUGGUUAUUCGUUGGUCGACUGCCUUUUAUGAUGUUAGGCGUCAUUGCACAUGGAAGGCAUUGAUAAGAGAUAAGAGACAUUACUCAUCAAGACAAAUGAUCCAUAUUUUCUAAUCCAUAAUUCUUUUUUUUAAUGAUAACACCGUUUUCUGCAGACCUGACUUCUCCGCAACUUUAAAGACCCACUCUGAUGAAAAUCACAUUUUUCUUGUUGUCUACAUGUUCAUAUGGCUUUUUUCUGAUACUAGAGGACAUAUCAUGAGAAAACUAAGUGCGAAAUUGCAUUUCUGAAUAUUUCUGCAUUCAAAUCGCUGUGAGUCUCUGGCAGACCCAAACAGCAGGAUCAGAUACAGUGAGAUUUCCUACAUCACAAUUCUAAGCUCCGCCCCCAGAGCCCCACUAUGCAGGCCAGGCUCGGAGAAAUGGAGAGGAUGAUUGCGGGACAAGUGUCUGUGUUAGCGGAUCGAAAUGCUUGAAUGAAAGCUAAUUAUGGAACUAAGUUUCAUCGUGCCCCGAAAGACAUUAGUGUCCGAGAGCUGAAUAGCUCCUAUGUUACCUGUUUCAUCUACUACCGGCAAUGUUAGGCUGCUAGCUAACUCGUGGAGUAGUAUGCAGAGCAGCCCUGUCUCCGCCCAUGACUCAGAGGCGAAUUGCUAUUGAGUUACUCGAGCUCUGCAGAAGAAAAGCCCUUGAAAAUUACAUAGGUAACGUGAUUUUGGCUAAAAAUUUCAUAAUCACAAUUUAAAGACCACUGAGAACACUUUAAGUAGUAAAAAGAAGAACAAUCGGAGUGGGACUUUAACUGACCUGCCAUCAGUUGCCAUCCACUUAGCAAGCUUUGUGGUCAACCUCUUUGAAUAAGUUUCAUCCACAGGUUUGUGACAUUUUGAGCGGUCUGAAGUCGUACUCUGCUGACAUAUGACUGAUUAGCUGCACUUGUAUGCCCAGCAUAGAAAUUCUGCUUUGUAAGCGCAUAUAAUUUAGCUGCUGUGUCUCAUAUACUGUAAUGUGUGUUUAUUAGACAGUUAAGGCAGAUGGAGGACACAGCAGACGAAAAACCAUCCACCCAUCCAUCCAUCCAUCUACCUUCUAUCAAUCUAUCUGCUAUCUUGUCAGUGCAUUAAUUGUCAAACACAUCUUGCUAUGAAUGCGAGUAGUAAGGUUACUGACAAAAGCAGGUUAUAUAGCGACUUAUUUUCUCAAGUUAUUUGAUUAAACUCAUAAUUAUGAGAAUGUUUAUCUAAGUAACUGUGUGUGCUUUUUGGCACAUAUAGAGGAAAACUGUCACUAACGUAUACUUACCUCCUUAAUUGACAGUUAGUAAGACAACUAUUGGAGUGGAGACUAUCUCCUAAUUGUGUCAUCAGGUUUGUCAUAAUGAACUUUGCUAAAUGUUCCAGCCAGACCACCAGACACAGAGCACACAGGUCUCAUGUGGAUCCGCAUCCUUCAGGGCCUCAUUAAUAACCUUGAGGAGGGGCGUUUUCCUCCAAAUAAGUCAUUCCUAUUUUAAUCACAUCUCCACUGCAGUGUUACUAUCACUUUAUAUUUGCAGAUAAGCUGUGAGGCAGACACGCAGAGAAACUAAAUCAUAUUGGGUGUUCGUCGCAGCACACCCACAAUGAACACAAACAACCGAACAUGAGUGGUUGAGUGUUAACAGCUCCAAUGCUGUACAAUGAUCAAAACUUUCUUUAGAGAAGAAAUUUGUCUUGUAGAGCAGAUCUUUUCACAGUGGGAUGAAAUUUCAUAUCAUUGCCUUUGGCUGUCCCUGUCUCUUUUUCUCUUUCUCUACUCUCUCUGCCCUCCUCUUCUCAUCUUCUCACAAAGAAGAGCUCAACAUACAAGCAAUGAGUCACUGAAAUUCAUGUGAAUAAACGGAUGCUGCGUGCAUUGAUCAGUAGACAUGGUAGCAUGCAUGCAGCAAAUUAUAGAUACUACACAUAUGAGGUGCAGAUGACAGAAAAGAGGUCUGAGAGUACUUCCAGAGUUUCCUUGGUGUAUUUGAAAUAGUGAGCAGCUAGCAACCAUAAUUUGCUUGCUAGUUGUCUCUCCCGACAAACUUCUUUUGCAUAAACCUAUUACUAGGCUCAACCCUUUUUUGAUCCAUUUUCAAUAACAUUUUUCUAAAUGAGAUCAUUUUUGCACUGCCCUCCAAGUCCUGCCAAUGUUUAUAGAAAUUGACCGCUUUAACGGUGAGGUCAGCUAAUCUGCAGGCUGAAAGGCUGAACAUUUUCAUUGUCAUUCAACAACAAAAACAUCCUCUUGUUAUUCACUUUCUCUGGCUCUCACUUUCGCUACAUAACUAAUAUCUCACUCUUCUCAUUCUCAGCCUUCCUCACCAAUGAGCAGUCAAACAAAUGGCGGAGAGGCAGGCCCUCCCCCUCAGACGAAUCAGAGGACAUUUUUGGAUGAUGUCAUCUUGACCUUCAGUUCACCGAUGGCCUGGUUGCUUGUCGUGGCCUUGAUCAUCACAUGGUCAGGAGUCGCCAUUGUUCUUUUUGAUCUGCUUGACUAUAAAACUUUGGCAGGUAACAAAAGUUUAGGGGGAAAAUGUAACCUAAUUAUAUUCAGAAAUGUAUUGUUGUUGUUGUCGUUUUUACCAUCCAUCAAUGACAUAAAAUCAUAUUCAUAAUCAUAAUGUUAUUCAAAUGUGAAAUGUUGUAUCAUAUUUGUGACACUUCUUCCACUCCCUUAUGUUCAUUUUUCAUAGAUCAUUUAUACAGCCACAUUUCACCCAAACAUCUUUUAACAACCAUCCAGACAUUUUUGAAGCAGACUUCAAAAGUGGAAAGAAAUACUCGUAAAUGUUCACCCAGGACAUUCAACACUCAUAUACCAGUUGAAUAGAUUGAAAGGACAUCUCCUGCUAAUCUGCACACUGGAAAUAAUCAAAGGUUGUUCUCAGUAAUCGUUUUCAUUAAAAAAACAAAAAAGCCAUUCAUGAAAGUCAUUCAUGUUUGUUAAUCAUCUUAAAAACUGAAAUGUACAACUACCAAAUUCUCUCUGGGGAAUUUUAAAGGAGCUACGAGGGCUACUGCCAAAGUGCAUACAUUAUGAUGAGAUUCUUUAGAGAUGACAAUACUAGUAACAUUGUGAUAUCAUAUACAAGAAGAGCACCUACAACAAACAUGUUGAUCUUGAAUAUUGGAGUGUCUUACGUCUUUUUUUACAAAAGAGCAGCCCUCAGAGAGUACUUGUAGCAAAUUUCAUGCUUGCAUCACCAUUUGAACUAUUGAAAUAAUGAGCAUUUUAUAGAAAUGGCGGCCAUCUGGAAAAAUGGCCGCCAUUAGGAAUUUUAAAGUGUCUAACUUAAUUUUCAUAAAAGCGGCCCUCAGAGAGUAUUUGUGCCAAAUUUCAUGCUUGCAUCACCAUUUGAACGAUUCUCUUAAAAUAUACAAUUAUUGGUUGCACAAAGACAAAUUCCAAGGCAAUUUAAGAUAAGAUGUCACUUUAUCCGUCCCACAAGACGUGAUUUGAAAUGUGUAGUUCCCAUACCGGGAGUUGAACCCGGGCCGCCUGGGUGAAAACCAGGAAUCCUAACCGCUAGACCAUAUGGGACUUAAACCCACAUUGGAAACUCAGUGGGAUGUUGAAAUGGAUCUACAGAUGAAUACAGUCGUAAAAGCCAGUUUUUAUCAUAUCCAUCUUUUAACCAAAAUCAAGUCUUUUUAACUUUUAGUGAUUUUGAAAAGGUUAUGGAUGCUUUUAUCAAAACCCUUCUUGAUUAUAGUAAUGCACUUUACUUUGGUGCCAGCCAAACCUCUCUUCAUCGCUUACAGCUGGUUCCACAUGCCGCAGCUUGUGUUUUAUCUGGUCACCCUUAAUAUGACCACAUUUCCUCCAUUGUAGCCUCUCUUCACUUGCUUUCUGUGCGUUUUAGGAUUUUAAAACCCAUAUUUUAUCUUGGACUCCAGAUCCUCUGAUCAGUGCCUGAUUGUCCUUGGGUCAAGAUUGAAGUUCAGGGGUGACCAAGCUUUUUCCGUUGCUGCGCCUAAGCUCUGAAUGCUCUUCCUCUUCAUGUCCGACUGUCCCCCACACUGACUUGAAAACGCACUUUUACUCCUUGGCUUCCGACUCUUGAGAACUUGGCCUUUGAAUCAUGUUUUUAUUGAACCAUCUUUGUCAGUCGGUACUGUUCAAUGAUCAUGUAGUCCUGGGGCCUGUUCUACGAAGCAGGUUCAACUUAGCGAGGUAGCCUUGGAGCUACCUCGCUCAACUUAGCGCGGUAGCCAGCGGUCUCGCUAAGCGGUUUUACGACGCUGGUUAUCAACCUCAUAAGUGGAUCCAGCUCUGCUAUGAGCGCGUGCACACAUAAAAGGCGGAGCCCGUCGCAUCUGACCAAUCGCGAACAUGGAUCAGUCUGGAGCGUCAGAGCAGCAGGCUGGAGAGUGAAGGACCGCGGACUUUACAAACGAGGAACAGGAGACGAUCAUGAGAUCAUGAAUUGAAAGCUAUCAUAAACCUCAAAAGCAACACCGUCGCCGCUGCAAAAGCACGGAGGGAAUGCUGGCAGAAAAUGCAUCUUUGAUGCCAUUAUCACCCUGAAACAGCACUGUUCAACAUGCACUUUUAACUAAGGUGACAGUGCCCGAAUUGGAUGAUCUGUCCCCGGCUAAAGCUGUCCCCGAAAAUGUCCCCGAUUUAAGCGUUUCAUGAAUGAGAACAAAAAUGUUGCAUGUGGGCAUAAACAACAGUUGUUACAGUGGGUAGGAAGCACAAGUAAGCAGUCCUGAACAACAGUAUUUACGGGGUUAUUAUAAGGGGCGUGCGCUGCUUCUAAAUAGUACCGAGAUGUUGUCUGUGAUCGCGCAGCCCAUGCCCAUUCAUUCCCAAGAUGAAUCAUUCAUUUGUUCAUUCCUAUCGUGUUUACAUGUUUUGUGUAAUAUGUCAGCCAUAUGAGCCUUUCAUAAAGGUGGUCAUCCGGAGAAAACUCUCCCUGUAAACUCUCGCGAGCCGGAGUGCUCCUCCUCGGACAAUGCGAGCACCGAGAUCUACAGGAUCCUCCGAGAACGGACAAGCCGUUUUUCGAGAGAGCUCAUUGGUCAGUGGUCGGGGUUUUUAUACUCGGUGAGUUCAAUCUGGAACUUAACCUGCCCCGGAGCAGUUUAGCCGUUCAGCAUAUGUUGCUAUGGAGACUCGCCUCGCUAAGAGGUGAACCCGCGUCGUAGAACAGGAAACCCCGAACUUAUCCUCAAAGUUACCUCGCUAACAAAUUAUUUAUUUGCCCUGGUGUGAUGUGCAAGUUUACUCUGAUUUUUGCAUUUUCUACUCACAACUAGACAUUAUUACUGUAUGCAUAUCUAGACCAAUAAAAUAGCUGGGAGAGAAAUAAAGGUGUCAAAUCGUGUCCUGCCUCUCACAUCCAACACACUCAUCUCUAACUCCUUUCCUCACUCUCCUCCCCCCAUCACCUCUUCUCCAUCCUCAUGCCACCAAUCACCCGCCAUCCAAUCCAAAGAGUACACAUCAUACUGUGACGACCCCGUGUGUUUAUCUCCUGGUAAAACAAAAACUGCAAAUCCACUAACAGUUUGGCUACACUUCUUGUUUGCACAAGAGCUUUGCAUGAGAUAGACCAGAGGAAAAGAGAAUAUGCAUGCCCCCGUCUCAUACUGUAUGUGUUGUGUAUGAAAAGCAGAGACUCAAGAAUUUAGAAUUUGAAGGUUAAAUAAACAAAAAGGCAGCAGAAAAUCUGUGCUCUCUGUUGGUUGUAACGAUUUCCUAAAGCCAGACAUGACCCUGCUAUCAUGGAUGAAUCCAGUGGGUUUGAAAGUUUCAAAGAGCUUCUUCUAUGCCUUGAAGGAUCAUGUCAGAGAUUUGUAGAGAUUUUUAUAUUUAUAAGAAAAGAAGAAAAAAGACUUUAGAGACUGUGGACGUUUUUUAAUGUUAUGUACCUUAGGUGGGACAUCCUUUCAUGAGAAAAAUGAAAUGUGAAUUCUGCAUCUCAAAAACAAAAUCCUGCUAACAAAUUAUUUAUUUGCCCUGAUGUGCAAGUUUACUCUGUUUUUGCAUUUUCUACUCACAACUAGACAUUAUUACUGUAUGCAUAUCCAGACCAAUAAAAUAGCUGGGAGAGAAAUAAAGGUGUCAAAUCUGACUCAUUGACCCAUUUGCACUAAGCACACAAACUUGCUGAUUUUAUUUUAUUCUUUUAGAGAAUAAUAUGUACCUUUGGAUCUGUUACAGUAAGUGCCUGAAAGAGUGGUCAAAGUUUAACAGCGUUUAAGGCAAGGCAAGUUUAUUGGUACAGCACCAUUCAAACACAAGGCAAUUCAAAGUGCCUUACAAAAAAAAAUGAAAUAGGAGAGAUUAAAACAAUUUAAAAUCAAAGGACAUAAAAUGAUUUAAAAUCAAAAAGACAAAACAAUUUAAAAUCAAAAAGACACAUAUUAUCAAAAACACUGCAAAAACAACACACUCAAUUAUGGAACAGGAAAAUGUUAUUAUAUGACAAAUAUAUGCUCCAUUUAAAUUUGAUGCCAGCAACAACAAUAGUUUGAGAAUGGGCAUGUUUAUUAUCAUGCACUGUUGUCCCCUAUUGAGCUGAAAAAAGAAAGAAAAGUUUCCGGAGUGUUCAAAGUAAAAUGAUGUCCCAUUUUUGCCUGAUAUUUUAUAUCAGCUGUCUAACAGUUCAGGGUCUUCUUUGUUUUUUUGUUUGUUUCAUGAUACAUCAAAAUUUUUACAGGGUGACAGGUCAGAACUGCAGGCAGGCCAUGUUUAGCAGCAGGACUCUGGCUAUGGAGCCAUGCUGUUUUAAUGUGUACAGGUCGUGGUUUGUGAUUGUCUUGCCUUGGGCACUUAUGCAUCCCCAUAAGACUACAGAUCCUGGCUUUAGAGCGAUGGCCCCUCUCAGCCUGGAGCUUUAACCAGGUUCUCCUCCCAUGAAAACGCUUCAAUUCAAACUGAAUAAGGUCAGAACAGUCUGUUCAAAAAAAAGCAAAAAAAGGGGUCCUUUUCGGUUAAAAAUAUGGUUGCUUCCAAUAUGAUUUGUUCUAUACCAGCAGUCAGAUGAAAAGUAACUCAGUUUAAAUCCUGACUACUAUAUUUAAUAGAGCCAAUGGCAGUAUGCUAUGAGGUGGAUCUGUGGACCAGCAGCCUUGCAUUUUACAACUACGUCACACUCUAAAAACUCUUGGGUUAUUUCCUGGGUUUUACGUGUUGAGUUAAAUUUCUGGGUUAUUUUACAGACCCAUACCCAUUUCUUGGGUCAUAUGGAUUCUAUUGUAACCUAAUUUGAGGGUUUUUUGAAUGGGUUAAUAAUUAUAGGUUAUUUUUCUGAGAGUAGCCCAAUAAUUGGGUCAAAACGUUGGGUUUGAUUAACUCAAUGGCAAUUAAAGUGACCUGGUGACCUUGGGAACUUUGACCUUGAUUUUAUAUACAAUAUCAUAUAUACAUAUAUAUGUUUAUAUCAUAUUGUUUAAUAUAUAUUGGGGUAGUUUGGGGUACCUCCUGGUUGGGAACUAGAUGCGCUACCUGCUGAACUACCUCAACUGCCCUAUAUAUACUGGGGUAGAUCCGAGUAGUUACCCCAUUAUAUGUUGGGAGUGAAUUGCAUCUACCAGCAUGGGUCCUUUGGCAAGGUCCUUAGUGCUAUGGCCCACCUCAUAAACAUGCGUUUGUGCCAUUGAAAGCCAUGCCAGCUCAAAUGGUACAGGUUGUAAAAGCAAAGCUCCCAAAAAAAGCUCCCCAAAUGUAUAUAUCAAUUUAACCCACGAUCAUGAGUCAAAUUAACUCUGUUGACCCAGGGGUUUUUGGAAUGCAUGAUGUCUCUUAUUCAGUUGACCAUCCAAUUGUCUGUUGAAGUGUUUGUGAACGUGAUCUUGAUAUGAAAGGCUGAUGAGCUUUUACUAUGCUUAGCUUAACUGCUUCAGGGUUGAUUCCCCCUUUGUGCACCUUGAGCCAUAAACUUCUGUUGAGGUGUUCCUUUCCUAGGACAAGAUCUAGUUCUAUUAGCUUAGCAGUAGCUUUGUAGAAAAUUCAUACAAAAAGCUACACUGAUGUCCACUGUUCUUUGUGGUUAUCUUCAAUUUUCUGAGGCAAAUAUUUGCAAGAUAACAUUGACAAAUUACUGGAGCUGCAUUUUUAAUCACAUUUUCCUCCCACCAUGAUACUUGAUUUAAAAAAAAAAAAACCAGGGAAGAAUUUUGGACGAAUUGUUCCUGUCGUGAAAAAGCAGCAAUUGCUUUGUGUGUAUGUAUGCAGAGAAAGGCAGAGAAAGCAGCAUGAGAAAAGGAGUCCCAUUUAGAAAUAGUGGGAUACAGACACACACCCCGAUAUACUGUACAGAAAAAUACAAUAAUACAGACAAGAUCAAGGUGGAGGGAUUAAAGAAACAGCCUGAAGCUGCAGAAAUGUAAGAACACAAAAAGCGAAGGUGGAGGUGAGACCAGGAGGCAGCACAGCCAGCAGUUUAAUCAUUCACCUUAUCAAACCUAUUGUCCUUUUUUUCUCCAACAGAGAGGCUGAAGACGGUUUCUUUAUGAGUGGGAGUAUUCUUGAACAGAAAGACACUAUUGAGACUUGGGCACAAAUAAGAAGUAAGAAAGCAGAGAGAAACUGAAAAAAAAAACUGAAAAGAAAGAAAGAAAGAAAGAAAGAAAGAAAGAAAGAAAGAAAAAAGGAAUAAUAAGUUAGAAAGACAGACAGAAAGAAUGGCAAAGAAAGAAAGAAAGAAAGAAAGAAAAAAGGAAAGGAAGGAAUAAAGAAAGAAAAAGAAAAAAGGGAAUAAAGAUAGAAAGGAAUAAAGAUAGACAGAAAGGAAGGAAGAAAGAAAGAUGGAGAAAGAAAAAAGAAAGAAGAAAGGAAGGAAUAAAGAAAGAUAGAAAGGAACAAAGAAAGAGAGAAAGAAAGAAAGGAACAAAUAAAUUAAGGAAGACUAAAAGAAAUAAAGACAGAAAGAAAGAAAAAAGAAAGAAAGGAAUAAAGAAAGAAAGAAAGAAAGAAAGAAAGGAACACAUAAAUGAAAGAAGACUAAAAGAAACAAAGAAAGACAGAAAGAAACAAACAAAGAAACAAAUAAAUAAAGGAAGACUGAAAGAAAGGAAGAAAGAAAGAAAGAAAGAUGAAUAAGGAAUUAGGUAGGUAGGAAGGAAAAUGAAAAGGCAUAAAGAGAUGAAGGAAUAAAUAAAGACGGCAUGAGAGAGGAAGGGAAAGGGAAGGAAGAAUGACAAGAAAUGAUUUGAGGAAGUAAAUAAGGCAAGAAGAAGGAAGGCAGGAAGAAAGUUCUAAGGGCAGGAGAGAGAGGAAGGGAAGGAAUGAUGGAGGCAAGAAGGAAGGAAAGAAAUAUCAGGAUGUAAAAAGAGUUCAAAGGAAGUAAAUUUGUAAGAAACCAUAAAAAGAGAAAAAAUGAAUGAAUUUUUGAUUGCAAAGGAAGGAGAGACAAAAAUCAAGAAAGACAAACUCAUCUGAUGUUUCCUCUAUUCUCACAGCCUUUCCAGACUUCUUUUUUUUCCUUCUCUGAGGCACUGUUUGUUCUUUUAUUCUCCUCGUUUUAUGUUUUUUAAUUUUUAUGUAGCUUUUAAACCGAACAGAAAAACAAAAACAACAAAAGUAGAAAUGUUGGAAUGAGACGGAGGACCUUAAUCAGGAGGAGAAAAGAAGAGAAACCCUGAACCGAAGAAAGGAUAGACAGCCAAAACAAAUGAAUAAGAAGAUGGAAAGCCAACAAAGAGCAUGAGGGGAAAUGUGAGCUUUUUAUUCCUGGUUUCUCUGUCUCUUUGUCUGGAGUGCCGAUCAAAGAAAUGUCAGUGAAUUAAUCAGCUGUUUAUGAGGAUCUAUUGUACGACUUUUCCACAUCAGGUAACAAACAGGCAGAGCUUCCUCCACCAGGGAGAGUUCAAAUUAAAGACAUGCAUAAUGAGAACAGCCACUGGGACAUAUUGUGAAUAAGCCACUGUGGCUCGCACAGACAGCUCAAAAUAACAGAACAGGACUAAGACGAGUAUUUGAACUUGUUAGUUUAUUGACCAUCACUUUGACGAACUUUAUUAGAUGCUGAAAUCUGACAACAGCAGUGUUGAAAAGCUGUGGUAACUUGCAAGUGCGUUAACACUCCUGAGGAAGAAGAAACACAGACAAUAGCAACAACAUUGGUUUGUCGCUUGGUUCAACUUUUACUGAAAUGUUUUGAGUUAUCUUAUGCUGCGUUCGAGUUACCUCGGAAGUCAGAGGUCCAAGCUGGGAAUGACAUCACAUCCGAGUUACCAGCGUAAGUCGAAAGAAAGCAAAACUGGAGGCGGAAACAAGAUGGCUACAUUUACAAAAGUUAUUUUAGCGCUAGCCUUGUCCGAAUAUAAGGCAAGCGUUAAAAUAACUUUCGUAGAUGUAGCCAUCUUGUUUCAGGCCUCCGGUUUUGCUUUUUUCCGACUUAGUAACUGAAACGCUGGGAACUUGGGUGCAACAUCAUUCCCAGCUCGGACAUCUGACUUCCAAGGUACAAAGUUUCUUAUUAUAUUGAGACAGACAUUAUCAGGGACGGAUAAUGUCACUAAUGUGAUUGUGUUGCUUGUCCCUUGCAGUGUCCUAAUUCAGCACCUCCUCUGCAUGACUGAGAGAAAGUUUUCACAUUCUGAGUUAUUAUGAAGCGCAUGUUUGCUGUGUUUUGUCUGUGGCUGUGGAGGUUUUGAAAGUUAAAAAUUUCCAGUGCAGUAAAGGACACUCGUAAUUGUAUAUUUUGUGUUUCUUUGUCUCCUUCUGUCUCUUUUUUCCUCCUGCCGUUGGUCAUAUUGUGUUUGUUUGUCUCUUUUCCUCAGGUCUCCCUCCUCCUCCUGCCAUCGCCAAGAGAGGAAUGAGAGCUAGAGGCAAGCAUGAUAUUAUAACCACCAAACACAUCACAUUAACAGACAGUUUUAACUGUUUCUCUAUGUUUUACAUUAUUGUUCUCUCUGGCAGAUGACUGUGACUGCAAACCCUACACAUGAUUUUUGUCUGUAUACUGUCGAAGUAUACUGCGUAAAAUUAAGUCAGGGUCAAACACACCGACACACCAAGUUGGACACCCCGUCAAGAGAUGAAUGUUGCCGACCGCUUGCUUCUCUAGUUAUAGCAACUUUAAUAACUAACGCAGAUAGAAAUACAGAGAGCCAACUUAACUUAAUUUUACGCUGGAAUAUCCCUUUAAGGUUCUGGCAAAUAAUCAUUUCUCUCAAGAGGAGAUACAGAGUUGUAAAACUGUUGAACUGCUUUUCAGAAAAAGGGCAAUCAUUUCAUUGCAAAAGUAAGAGAAGUGAGUAAAAAUGGUAAAAUAAAAAGUAAAUGUUAGUGAGGCGAUUUUUAAGGUGGUUAAAAAUGGUCAUUAAAUGUUUUAUAACCUUUUAAUGAUCAGCACAAGAACAAGUUACGUCAUUUAUAUUAAGGUGCCACUGUGGCUUAGUGGUAAAGUUGGUCUUCUCCAAAUCAGAAGUUCAGGGGUUUGAUCCCAGGUCCCAUUGUCCACAUGCCGAAGUGUCCUUUGUCAAGACAUGUGACCUCAGUUGCCCCGGCUGGCUGCACCCAGGUGUGUGACUGGGAGUAGCCAAAAACUGAGGGUCUCUACAUAUAACAGCCUCUUUCAUCAGGGUGUGAGUCGGGCAUGUAAUGUAAAAGCACUUUGGGUGAUCAGACUAAAGAGAAAUAUCAACAUAUGACUGAAACUGUUGCCACAAAGACGGAGACAGAAGGAUUACAACCCCCCCAAAACCAAAUUUUGUUUCAUUUUUCACAGCAAAAAUUACCCAUGAGUGAUACAGUACGAGGUAAGCAAAGAAAAGGUGCAACGUUAUAUGUCUUAGCUUCUUCUAUAAAAAUCAGUAAAAGUCUGCAAAGUAGGAAUUGGAUCCUGGAGCUUUCAAAAUAGUCUUUAGGUGAUGUACGAAGUUGUCAUAUCUUGGCUCCAAAUACUUUAUAAUAAUUUCACUUUUUUACUUUGUUGUUCUUUUCUCCUCUCUAUGUAGCUGCUAUUCAUCCAACGAAAGCGAGCCGUGUUGCAGCUCCAGCUGAUUUAACAGCUCAGGAGAGCGCUGAUUGGCUGGAGAUGAUUUGGACUUUUGCAGCCAGUCUGGUGGCUCCUGAAGAUGAGGAGGAAGGUAUUCACCAGCUAACUGAAACGCUCACAUGUAAGAACCAUCAUCUCACACUAAUAACACAUCUAAAUAUAGAGACGAAUGAUAACUAACAGCAUGAAGAAGAAAAAAGAUGCUGAUCUACUCAAGCAUCUUGCUCAUGACAUUUACAUGUGUAAUCAUACAUUUUAAUAUUCUGAUUUUAGAGAGACUAAUAAGCAUGUUAACUCUGAUGCCAGAUGUUUGUUAUUCAAAAGCUUGUCAUGAUCAUGCAAACUAUGCAGAAAAUAAUAAUGAAGGAGCUGUCAAAGCUUAAUUACUCACUCAUUAAUGAAGUUAUAAUGAGUUUGAUGCCCUUUAACCUGCCUAAUUGUUGAAAUACAUCAGGCAUAAAAUACAUUUCUCACUUUAUCUUCCUUAUCCAAUUAUCAAAGUCAGCGUUGCAUUCAAAAUAAUGUUAAUUAAGUGUAAUAAAACUUGAACUUGAGCACUGGUGUAUGUGUCUCACAAUACUUCAAUGACACUUAUAGUUGUUCUCAUCAGGCUGAUAGAAAGAUGUUUUAGUCACAGUUAUUGAGCCGUGAAAAUAAGUUGCAUUAAUUACUAAUGAAGACCUUCAAGGCCAAAACAGCUGCAGACAGACAAACAGAAAAUAUAAAAAUUACUAUUCCACCAUCCAGAGGCAAAGCAAAGUCAUUUUAAUGUGUGCAAUAACUGAGAUUAACAACGGCCUUGAUUUCUUCUUUUUUCAGCUUUCCACUCUGAGGAGCUCUGAACAGCAGAAGUGUGCACGAAGAUAGGACAAGUGUUGACGAGAGCGAAGCGACAAGAAGAAAAAGAGACAAGUGCAUGUCUGAAGUGGAGGAUGUAAAGAAAUUAAAGGACAGGGUGCAGGAUGUACAGUUUAUCACCAUUAGGUUUCUUUAUAUGUGCCUGCUGUUAACUUGAACAGGAUGAAUAAAAACUGCUGCUGUGA